AUGGAGAUGGGCGGUCGCGUGCAGGACCCCAGCGGCAAGGAUCCCGCGGUUGUGUUGCCGCCAGGCAUUUGGUUACCCCCCACCUGCACGCAACGGCAGGACGAUGACAAUUUCAGCCUCGCACAAGCGUCUGUUACUCUCGAACUCGACUCUUCUGCAGGGUCUGAGCUCCGCGUAACAGACACCCAUUGUGGGAGUUCCCAGACAGGGAGGAGCACGAAGAGAUACCCUUGCCACUUUGAGACAUACCAUCGUAAUGGUCUGCACAGUUACUGCGGAGUCCCCGGACAGCAGAACCACCACGGGGGGUUCGACACUGUUGCUCGGGUGAAGUCUCAUCUCCUGGAUAGACACAAUCCCGAGGUGCAGUGCGAUAAUUGCGGGCAGUCUCACCCGGACUUGAGGAAGCAUGGGAAGGGCAAGUGCCAGCAGCGCAGCUACUGCCUCAUGACUAAGGAGCAGGCGGAAGCCAUUCGGAAAUUCAGAGUCAGGGAGUCGGCGUCGGACGUCCCAUGGUAUGAGGUCCUGAAGAUUCUCAUUCCCAAGAUGAAGCAUGUGUCGACCGAUAAGCUUCGUGCUAUGUUCCCGGCCGGUAUUGUUCCCAACAUCAACGUGACCCAUUAG